ACCUCUCUCAGCUCAGAAAUGAGAAUAACAUUAUCACAGAUGAUAUCGAAGAAAUCAAGACUAUAGUUUUAAAUCACUUCAAGGAAACUCUGAAGGAAAAGCAGUUCAUACUGCCUGAAGAAUGGAAAGCAACAUAUGAAAAUCUCCUGGUUGACCCUAACCUUUACAACUCCGCUACUACAAACUUCACGAUAAACGAAUUAAAUCAUACCCUAGAACAACUAUCCAAUAACAAGAUGCCGGGUCCCUCUGAAAUCAAAUACAAUGUCCUCACAUAUAUGGAUGAUUUAGCCCUAAUGGGUAGCAAACACGAGAAGUUACAGAAAGAUAUGAUCACUUUUGCCAAUUUCUUAAAAAUGAAUGGAAUUAAAUGUAACACGGAAAAGACCAAAAUGAUCUAUACAGAUACAAGAACAAGUCCUAAAAGAAAUCUCACUUUUAAGUUAUUAGGAACUGACCUACACGUCUUAAAUUACAAAGAUUCUUUGAGAUAUCUGGGAUGUUACUUCUCCGGUUUCAACUCUUCUUCAGCCACAAUAAAUCAACUAAUUUCAGACACAUCAGAAAUUUCCAAAGCCAUUAUUCAAACGAAAGGAUGGAAUGGACCAAUAGCUAAACAAGUUGCCCAAUGGAUCAUACCUGCAAAAGCAGAAUAUGCCUUUUAUAUUUCUUUUCUCAAUAAAACCAAUCUCUCUAUCAUGCAGAACAACCUCUCCAUAGGACUGCACUCACAAAUUAACAUCCCAAAUGCUUUGAAAGCUGCACAAUUGGAUAUCAAGAUCCUUGAAGACAUCCUAGUAAAAGAUUCAACCCUCCGACUUGAAUGGCCCCAGCUUGUUACUAGAGGAAAAUCAAUCAAUAAUGAGGGUAAUAUUAGAAAAGCACCAAAAUGGUUCCAAGAUAUCAAGUUCUCUCCCGGCCUAAAAGGAACAUCUUCUGCCAUUCCUUGCCCUGAAAAUCUCUUCUUCGCCUUUAUAGAAAACCUCUCUCUUAAAAUUGUUAAAAAAGUUGCUUACAAAUCUGAAACA